AUGAAAAAGAACGUCUCGAUCAAGAACUCGAACUUAUCGAUUCGCAAAGCUGCUCGUGAAUUAUUAACACUCGAAGAAAAAGAUCCCAAACGAUUAUUCGAAGGUAAUGCUUUGCUUCGUCGUCUCGUCCGAAUUGGUGUACUUGACGAAUCUAAAAUGAAACUCGAUUACGUUUUGGGUUUGAAAGUUGAAGACUUUUUGGAACGACGUCUUCAAACUCAACUUUUACGUCUUGCUCUCGCCAAAAGUAUUCACCAUGCCCGUGUACUUAUCCGACAACGUCAUAUUCGUGUUCGUAAACAGGUAGUCAAUAUUCCAUCAUUUAUUGUUCGACUUGAUUCGCAAAAACACAUCGAUUUUGCUCUUCGUUCACCAUUAUCCAGCGGUGGCCGACCAGGUCGUGUUAAACGAAAAAAUAUGCGCAAAGGUGAAAAAGGUGCCGAUGCCGAUGAAGAUGCCGAUGAAGAUUAA